CUAGUGAUGGACAGCACCUCUUCUUCCCCUUCCCCCUUCUCUGCCAGCUGCCCCACGGAGCAGCCUGAGAACGCCACUGACCAUGAGUACUACUCAGGCCUCCAGAAGACCAUGCACAUCCUCUCCAUGGUGGUGUACAGCAUCGCCUGUUUGCUGGGGGUGACAGGGAACGGCCUCGUCAUUUGGAUUGCAGGCUUCAAGAUGAAGAAGACGGUGAAUUCCAUCUGGUUCCUCAACCUGGCCAUAGCUGACUUCAUCUUUACCUUUUUCCUGCCCCUCAGCAUCGCCUACACCGCCCUGGGCUUCCACUGGCCAUUUGGGAAGCUCCUGUGCAAGCUGAACAGCACCAUCGCCUUCCUCAACAUGUUUGCCAGCGUCUUCCUCCUGACGGUCAUCAGCAUUGACCGCUGCGUUUCCGUGGCCUUUCCCGUCUGGUCUCACAACCGCAGGAGCCCGGAGCUGGCGGCCAGGAUCGCGCUGGGGACCUGGGUCCUGGCUGUCCUGCUCAGCUCCCCGUACCUCGUCUUUCGCGACACUGUGGUCAGUUCCAGGAACGUCACCAGCUGUUACAAUAAUUUUGCGCUCUCCGAUGACUACACGUCCGAGGCAACGCGCAGGCUGUGGAGGAUGCGGCACAAAGCGAUGAUCAUCACGCGGUUCUUGUGUGGGUUCCUCAUCCCCUUCAUGGUGAUUCUCAUCUGCUACAGCGUCGUGGCCGUCAAGCUGAAAAGAAGGCAGUUGGCCAACUCUGCAAAGCCCUACAGAAUCAUCAUUGCUGUCACAGUCUCGUUUUUCCUAUGUUAUUUCCCCUAUCACGUCUUCUCCUUGCUGGAAAUAUCCAAAAACUCUUCCAGCCAUGAGAUGAAGCUGGCCCUUUACAUAGGGAUUCCUUUGGUUUCCAGCCUUGCUUUCUUCAACAGCUGCAUCAACCCCAUCCUGUACGUGUUUGUGGGGCCAGAUUUCAAGGAGAAGUUUCGCCAGUCCAUCCUGUCGACCUUCGAAGGGGCCUUCAGCGAGGAGUCGUUCCUGGGCAGCCUGACCAGCCGGCGCAAGUCCCGCUCUGCUUCGGAAGCAGAGGUCCCGAGGGUCUGAGCAGGUGCUGGUGUGGAAGGGGCCAUUCUUUUCUCCGCAAUUACCCUCAUUUCAGAGCUCAAAUCAUGGGGCUGGGGACUGUG